CGUAUCUUGUACGUAAAUAACGCGGCGCUGCGGCGCUGUCACAACGCAGUGCGGGUACGCGCAGUGAGCCUCGUAGGGAGGACCCAUAUAUAUAUAUUAUUGACGCGAUUCCAGACUCUGGUGGAUAAUUUUCUCCUCAAACCUUCUGGGAACUAAAGGGAGAAGAAUGGGAAGCGGCGAUUGUUCGCAUGUCGACUGCCUGCUUUUUCCCGCCGAACACAGACUUUUGUUUUUCAGCGUUUUAUUCAGGAAGAACUAGCUUGAUUUUUAGCAUCAAGCUAGCUUAGAGGCUAACUUGUUAGUGAGGUUGCAGGCUUGUUGUGGCCCGCGACGCACCGCCCAGCUCACAUCUUUCACCUCCACGGGGAGAAAAAUGGUGUACUUGUUAAAUCCUAUAGAGAAUCUCAGAAGCUACAUCACCAACCGCCCGCCUCUGGUCAUUUUCAUGAUCAGCGUCAGUGCAGUGGCCAUCGCCUUCCUGACGCUGGGAUAUUUCUUCAAGAUCAAGGAGAUCAAGUCUCCAGAGCUGACGGAGGACUGGAACACCUUCUUGUUGCGCUACAACGAGCUGGACUUCUGCGUCUCGGAGAAUGAGACGAUAAAACACGGCCUGAACGAGUCCACGACGCCGGAGAGCCUGGUGGUGACCAGCGGCCAGGCGCGCUCCAGCACCCAGGCCCCCCUUCUACUGGAGGACUCCGGCCCCAUCAACAUAUCGGUCCCCAUCACCCUCACGCUGGAUCCCCAGCGCCCGUUUGGAGGGUAUUCCCGCAAUAUCACCCAUCUGUACGCCACAGUGCUGGGGCAGCAAGUGGGCCUUUCAGGCCGAGAAGCCCAUGAAGAAAUCAACAUCACGUUCACGCUGCCGGUCUCCUGGAGCUCGGACGAGUGCGUGCUGCACGGUCACUGUGAGCAGGUGGUGUUCAGCACCUGCAUGACCAUCACCGCCACCAGCAAUAUCUUCCCGGUCACAGUGCAGCCGCCACACUGCGUACCGGAGACGUACACCAACGCCACUUCCUGGUACAAGCUGUUCACCACGGUCAGAGACUCUGACACCAAAUACAGUCAGGAGUACAAUCCCUUCUGGUGUUACAAAGGAGCAAUUGGAAAAGUGUACCACGCUCUGAACCCCAAACUCACCGUCAUUGUUCCUGAUGACGACCGCUCCCUCAUCAACCUCCACCUGAUGCACACCAGCUACUUCCUGUUUGUCAUGGUCAUCACCAUGUUCUGCUAUGCAGUCAUAAAGGGACGGCCUGGCAAGGUGCGACCGGCCAACCCCGACUUCUGCCCAGAGAAGGUACAUGAGUCCCCAGCAGAGCUAGGUGACCUGCACAGGUGGCUUUGUCAGAGGACUAACAAGGCGGCGAGCUCUGCCAGGUGUUACCUGCAGCACGGACAGAAGAGCAGAAGAAUCCUGAGCGUACAUCCCAGCUGCCUUGGGAACACUGGGAAUCCAAUAAAGGACACAUAAGCUCUGUGAAUGCA